AUGGAAGCGCAGGUGGUGGAGGGAGUAGGAGCAGCGGUCAGAUUAUCAGUGGAGAAACGCUCUAAAUGCUUAGCUUUCAUGGUGCUUGCCGAACGGGAGGGGACUAAAGGGGCGUUCGAGAAUACACUGCUCCAGAUUUGGCAAAUCGACGGUAAUGCGGAUCUUACGGAGGAGAUUGGUUUCAAUGUAGAGGAAUUAUGGGUCCAAUGUUAUGACCUCCCCUUCGCCGGAAUGACCCAAAACACGAGACAGUCUAUUGGCGAGCGUCUGGGGAAGGUUCUUGGUGUGGACAAUUCUAUGGGCUCUAAUGGUUUGGCGGUUGUGGCGAGGGAUGAGGAGGAGGGUCAUGGAUUGGCAGUGGCAGCUGGGCAGCCCUGCGAUUCGAAAAAGAAAGGACAGAGAACAGGAUUCCUUCAUGCUUGUGAAUUGCAUUCAUCUGGUUAUAUCAAUGUCCACAUAGGAGUUUGGUGUAAAUUAAUUUCCCAAAAAGAUGGAGAAUUCUCAAGAAUUCCUCCUUGA